CGGGCACACAUAGACGACUCCGCAGUACAACGUACCAGCGCACCGCUCAACAAGCCCAGUAACAACAAAUACACCCGUCUCCCUCGCAAUCCGUUCCAAUUCCUCCCUCGUUCCAUCCCCUCUAUGUUUCUUUCCCCUUGGCAGCUCCAACUUCUUCUCUACCCAGUCUUGCCCCGCGCCUGUCGGUGUAUCUCCAAGAUCCACUGCAUCGUGGAAGUAUUGUAG